AUGGCUGCAGACGCACACAAAAAAUGACAGCUAAUACGUAAACAAACCAAAAACACUCGACCGCCGGUUGUUGUAUUUCAUUAGUUUUCUCUAAAUCGAGAUCGCCACGAUGAACGAAAUCAAUCACAAAACCGUUUUCGUGUUAGACCACACGCCAUACUUUGGUAUAUCAUGCGAAAGUCCAAUUGAUUGUGAUUUUAUCAAAAGCAAAGUACCGGUACCACCAAUCAGCAAGAGCUUGUGGACGUGUGCGGUCGAAGCUUCCGUAGAGUACUGCCGGAUUGCGUACGAUCUGUUUCCCGUCGGGAAAUUGAUACGCUUCGUAGUAAGUGACACAGCCGCACACAUCGUGAACACAUGGAACACGGGGACACAAACAUUAACGCACAUAUUGAACGCAAUGACGAUGGUUGGUGUACCGCCGCGCCAAACGCAAGCGUCGGAUUACUCGGUGAUACACGGUUUGCGGGCGGCUAUCGAGGCACUGGCAGAACCGACCGAAUUUCAAAAGGAACAAUUACUCGCCCAUGCAAAGAGCGACAAUGCUAAGCUGUUGAAUCGGGGUCGUGUGAUUUGCAUAACGUCUGCUCGAGAUGAUGCCAGCAUGAAGAGUUUGGAGGACAUUUUCCGCACGGUGCUGGUACAGCAAAAUACGAUAGCCGGGCACAAGGAUUACAUCAGCAUUGACCAGUGUCAUCUCGUCAUCAUCAACCUUUAUCCUGCCAAUAUGGAAUCGAUGGUUUCGAACAGAGCGCUGAUCGAAAUAUCGCCUAUACUGAUGUCGGAGAUACACUCGAACAAAGCGAACAACAUUUCAAACAAGCUGACUAAUCUCAUUCUGCCUCACUUUGAUCUAGCAAGCACAACGGUUACCGGGAUACCGAUGAAGGAAGAACAAAAUGCCAGCUCCAGUGCUAAUUACGAUGUGGAGAUUUUUCACGGACGCACAGCCCACUCAGUGUUUCUCGGUACGGAGCUGGUACUUCCGCACAGCUUGAAGGACGGUUCGGACUAUGAAACGGUCACAUUGAAAUGGUGCACACCGCGUAGCUGUGGCUCUUCGGAAAUGCAACCCUGUUUGGCACAGUGCCGUGUCACACCGGUUGAUGUUACCUCCCGACCAAGCUCUUGUUUGAUCAACUUCUUGUUAAGUGGCCGCUCGGUGUUGCUGGAAAUGCCGAAGAAAUCGGGCGGCAAAAUUACGAGCCAUCUGUUGUCCGCUCACGGAGGAGAAAUCUUCAUUCACUCACUCAACACCGCCCGCAGCUGUUUGGAAGAUCCGCCCUCCAUAUCGGAAGGUGGUGGUGGCCGUGUGACGGACUAUCGUAUAAAGGAUUUUGGAGUGCUUAUGCAGCAACAUCGCUUAAUCCCACUGAAACCAAUGCCCGAGCGGCAACCGGACGAAAAUUUGCAGAAGAUGAGAACAAAGUUGUCAAGAAAUUCGCGCUACUGGCCACUGACGCUCGGCCGUACGGUGCUGUACAAUGUGCGGCACUUUAUGGAACCAUUGUUACUGCUCACGCCAAAACCGGAACUGACCGAGGAUGAGAAAAUGAUGUGCCUAAAGUCAAUUUACAAUCUGUCGCAGCUGGAAGAACGGCAAGAAUCGCUUGUCCUACCUAACAUGGGCCACCGUUUGAAGGGAAACAAAAAGGAAGAACAGUAUAGACUGCUCUGGUCGGAGCUGGAAACGAUCGUCAACUGUAAUGGAUCGUCGCCCAACCAUAAGGCCAUCGUAAGCUGCAUUCGUGAAUGUCGCCGUAUGUAUCCGAAUGCGGAUGGUAGCGAUCCGUAUGACAAAUCGCACGGUACCGAGGGUACUGUGCCGGAUGCGCACCGUGCCAGUGUGAUUAGGGCCACAACCGACUCACCAAUGUCUCCGCCACAUUCAAUGAGUGGCAGCAGUAGCGGUGCGGGUGGUAGUGGUAGCAGCAGUGUUGCUGGAGCUGUAACUGCCGAUUCUUCCUCUUCCACGGGUGCCAUUGCUCUAGGCGCGAGCAAUACAACCGUCGGUGGUGUAGUUAGUUUGCUUGGCGGAACACGGGGAGGAGCGGUGGGAGGCAGCAAGAAAAGCUUCAGUUCCGGUGGACGUUCGUUGUUUGACGCGUUGGCUAGUACGGAACGGGCGAUCAGUCAAAAGCGUAUCGAUUUCAGCGGACGCCUUUGCACGCCAACGGGGCAGAUCGCGAAACUGUAUUCUCAUAUAGGCUCGAAGGAUUCGGAAACCACCGCACAAGGUAGACCGGCGGAUGUAAAGUAAGAUAGGUACACAGUCUACACUGCUCGCUGCUAACGGUUUCCAUAGGAACGCGAAAUGUACAAUUGCAAAGUUUAAUAUGAUGCUACACGAAUAAAUAUUAUAUUUAUAGACUGAAACGCCUGAUCGCAAUUUCUAUUAUCUAUUUCAGUAUAAAUUGAUGUAAAUGU